AUGAUGCAACUGGUGGUUCUAUUAUUUUUGUUCAACACUGCCACAACAGUACCGAUUCCCGACGGUGAAGCUGCAGUCACCAAUCUACCAGCCACGUCUGAGGCAUUGUCAAAUAGUGUCACUUCAGCAACUGUAGCGGAAACUGCAGCAACUAACAAUGCUCAAACAGUUUCUGCAGAUAGCGUUGUGACCACAGCCAGUUCCGUAUCGCCUGUCAAUGAAACAACAAGCAGCGAUGCUUCUGCCGCACCUUCAGAAGCCGUAACUACACCAGCAGCAGAUGAUAACACUACUGUUGCAACAUCAGAAUCGGCUGAUAUAAAAAAUGUUACUGCUGCUUCAGCUGAUGACAACUCAACAGCGACUACAGUGGCUGAACGGCAGAGAAGAGAUGUUUCUGAAACACUGACUGUAGAGAACAGUACUGAAACUGCACCAGUGAAUGCAACAGAAGCUCAACCUUCAGCAUCAAGUGAAGCAAUAACAAAUUCUUCAUCUACCCCAGCAGCUGUUACCAGCGAUCAAGCUUCAACAAAUUCAGCAGCAACAGGCAACACUGACACAGCAGUCUCCGCGGUAACAACCAAUGAACCUGCCGUCACUGCAGCCGCUAACUCCGAUGCAACUUCAGCUCCCGUCGCUACAAGUGAAGCUCCAGCAACAACUUCUAAAUAA